AUGGUGAAGGAGACCGCCUACUACGAAACCCUGGGGGUCAGCGUCGACGCCUCCCCCUCCGACAUCAAGAAAGCCUACUACGUCCAGCAGGCCAGGCUGGUGCACCCGGACAAGAAUCCCGGCAACCCCGACGCGGCGCGCAAAUUCCAGGAUCUCGGAGAGGCCUACCAAGUCCUAAGCGAUCCAGCGAAGAAGGAGGCUUAUGAUAAGCAUGGAAAGGAGGGUCUUUCCCAGGAUAACAUGGUUGAUCCUGCUGCUGUAUUUGGGAUGCUUUUUGGAAGCGACUAUUUUGAAGAUUAUGUUGGUCAGCUUGCUCUGGCAUCCAUCGCUUCAGUGGAGGUUGAUGAAGGUUUAAGCAGUCAAGAUGCCAGAGCAAAGGUUCAAGAUAAGAUAAAAGAGUUGCAAACUGAAAGAGAGAAAAAGCUUACUCAGAGCCUAAAGGAUCGACUUCAGCCAUAUGUGGAUGGUAGAAAGGAUGAUUUUGUGCACUGGGCGAAUGCAGAAGCCAAGCGUUUAUCAGAAGCAGCUUUUGGUGAGGCUAUGCUUCACACUGUUGGAUAUAUUUAUGUAAGGCAAGCGGCAAGAGAACUUGGAAAGAGUAAAUUGUAUAUGGGUGUACCAUUCAUAGCUGAGUGGGUAAGAGACAAGGGUCAUACCAUUAAAUCACAAGUUCAUGCUGCUUCAGGUGCUAUUGCUCUGAUGCAGCUACAAGAAGGAAUGAAAAAGGUGGAGGAGGGUGCCGACAAGGAAGAGCAGCUUAUGAAGAGUUUUGAGGAGAAAAAAGAAGCCAUGCUUAAUUCUCUAUGGAAAAUUAAUGUGGUCGAUAUCGAGUCAACUCUUUCCCGAGUAUGCCAAGCAGUUCUUAAAGAUAGCACUGUCUCAAAAGAUGUUCUGAAGUUGCGAGGAAAAGCGUUGAAAAAGCUUGGAACGAUAUUCCAAGGCGCGGAAUCUCUGUACCAUCGUGAGAACAGCCUACGUGUGGAGUCUCCGAUGAAAGAGGAUGGAACGACAUCGUCGCACUGA